CCGUUUUCCACGAAUGACCAGUGCACACUUCCAAGAGACUCAACGGCUGGCAAAAACAAAUCAUCGAGCGCAAACUUCUCCGCCGAAGCGAGGCGAAAAGUAUAUAAUCCAUGAGCGACGGGUAGGGAGCUGCACAUAGAGGGUUGAGGCGACAGUUCAAUCUGUGAAAUAGCAGCCUGGUCCGAGUCGUUCAGUUUGUCCCGUUGUAUAUCUAGACCGGCCUUAGUUCGGACUGUAUAUGUGUACCAGCUGUAGGUUUUGUAAGUCAUAAGACACCUUGAUUGCCACAGUGUUGGUCUGUGUAGAAGUCCUGAAUACAUGUCUUGGCUGGUCUAACCAGUGAGCAGCCACAGCUGGAUCGUUUCCUUUUGCGAUCUCUGGCUGGUUGUGAGGCUGCAGACUCAGGUACCCCCGGCACUCUCUCAAGCUGGCAAAACUCGCUCCAAUUGCGUAUCAGAGCCAACUGCAACCCGCCGAUCGAAGACUCUACAAUUGCAGUAGUCAGUCGUAUUCUCAAAUCUUCGAGUGUUCCUGGGAUUGACCAGGAUUCUAACGCUCGUAUUCCCAGCACGUUGACAAGUUAUCCAGACAUUGUCACAGAUAGUGCUACCGUUGACUAUUGUUGGGAGCGUUAAUUAACUUCUCCUCGGUGUACAGUAUAAAAGUGUCAACAAACCUCGCUUCACACUAACAUCCUGCCAGAAGGGACUGCAUGCCUAGUUUCAGAAGCAUGGGUGCGGCGGUGGCAUGGAGAGCAAUGGUGGCGCUGGCGCUGCUUGGCUUCCAAUGUGCCUGUGGGCGAACAGAGGGCAGUGGAGAGCCUUCCGUGGCCACUUGGUACCAAGAGUUAGCGUUGGCUGUGAACACAGACCCGUACUCCUCAUGGUCUGCUAGCAUGGAGCAUAUAACCGAGGAGCACGGACAACUGUACAAAAUGCGGCAACAUAUCGAGCAGGGCGCCCAGUUGCAGCGAGAAAAGCGUGCACCCUUGGGUCGCCAUCAUCGUCCCCAGAAAGCCACGCUUGAUUAUCGUCAGUCUGGUGUUUUGCUUCAUCCCAAGCACCAGGGUUCCUGUGGAAGUUGCUGGGCGUUUGCGGCCGUUCAUGCCAUUACCGAUCGCAUCAGUCUCGAUCGCCACGCGACGGUCCCGAGAGCCUCGCCAGCCCCACCAUCGUCGAUUCAACACGUCCUGGAAUGUGCAUGUCCCAGACAGGGAAGUGACUGUGGUCGGGAUGGUGAUGGUUGUCAAGGAGCUCAAUUGCACGUCGCCAGCAGGUUCAUGAAGUAUAACGGUAGCCCGCCGCAGACGUGCAAACCAUACACGGGCAGCGACAAGGGCUGCAGGAAAAGGUGCAAUGAUGGUCGUUACGUGACGGCGCACCACCUCACCAAGAUCCAUUCGUAUCGCUCCGUGGUCACGAGCCGCAGGCGACCUUUGUCGAGGCGCAUCGCGGACAUGCGCAGUGCGCUGGCACGAGGACCUCUGAUAGCGCAAAUCCGCACCUACACGGGCAUGCCACUGCACAAACGAGGCAUUUACAAGCCGCGGUCAUUCGAGAAGUUCCGAGGCUACCAUGCCGUGGAGAUAGUGGGGUAUGGACGUCAGGUGGAGAGGUCUCGGCGAGGCCGUGCACGCUCAGUUCCUUACUGGAUAGUGAAGAACAGCUGGGGAGAUCAGUUUGCCGACAGCGGUUACUUAAACGUAGAGAUGGGCACAGCAGCAGCAAUGGAGCAGGUUGUCAUAGAACCACUGCUGCGUCCACUAACAGCUGCUGAAUCACGCAACAACAGAGAUUCGUACGGAACAAGAACCUGGCGGGGUCGACGAGCCGUGACGCCUUCGUCAGGAAGCAUGGGAGCAGUGACCUGUAGUCGUCGGACCAUCACGCCGACCGACGCGAACUUACCGGAGUACCAGCAGGCAGUUCUCUUCCUCAAUUCCGUGGUCCGACGGCAGUACGAGCAGCGGUUCUUAGCUGGAUGCACCAUGAACAGUCGUUUCCUGAACGGCAGUCACCAACUGGUCGAGUCCUACGUGUACUAUCUCACGGUGCAGUACAGUGUCAAGGAAUGCCCACAACCGAAUCUCGUUUAUACAGGGGCAGUUGCAUUACAGUACAGAUCAGGACUGUACUCGUUGGUACGUGGUACCCUGCAGAGCCUGACCUGGGUUAAAGGGUGUCCGUGUGGCAGCCACAGUACAACUAACGUUACUGCUGAACAUGCACGAAACAGCGCACCUGCACCCAGCAACAACUGAUUGCCUUCUGGCACUAGAGUCCAUUCAUCGGAAACUGGCCCGCUGGCUUUUGAAAGUAGGAUUUGGGCCGAAUUGAGGAUCAAAAACCCACUUUAAAUCUCAAAAAUCUGGGUUUUAGAUCUGCUUCUCCAUAGAUUUUGCCAUGGCAUACCUGCCCUAAUUUUGUAAAACCUGGCUGAAUUUCUAUUUCCUUGUUCUUGGACUUUUCUGGCCUCAAAUGUGGCAAGGAGUAAUUGCACGGGUCACACAAUGCAGGAUGUACUGUUGUUUUCACGAUAUCUACAACUAUGUUAGAGAGACACCAAAAAGGUAGGGUGCCAGUUUCCAA